AUGAAGGGCGAUGAACCUGCUACUUAUCCAGUUGAUGCAAUUCAUUAUGAGUUUCCAGUAAGAGAUGUAAGUUUGGUUUUUUUGUUUAGAAAGUAAAAUAAAAUUUUUUUUUCAGUUUACUGAACAAGAAGUUUAUGAUGAUCCGGUGGUUUACGAAGAUUCAAAUGUUUAUUAUGAAGAUGAAAUAGUUACCGGGCAGGAGUUGGAUUAUGUUGAUGGUGAGAUAAUUUGAGAGAGAUUCACAAUCAGAAAAAACAAGAAUCCUCAAAAAUAUAUAUUUUAUACGUUAUAUUUCUAGAAAAAUCUAUGACACAAAUCAGAGGUCAAAAUCUAUGAAAAUUUAUGAAUUGUUUUCAAAUAAAAAUUUUUUAUACAUAGAAAAACGGAGAGGAGUUUGAUGAUGACAAAUCCUGUGAUUGUUUCGUAACUCCAAAUAAAAUCAACCAUUUUUGUUUAUUUCCAGAACCCUUUGAUGAAAUGAACACCGAUGUGCGAUUGUUGAUGUAUCCACAACAAAGAAAAUUGAAAGCGUUCCGUCAGAUGAGAGCUCUCAAUAACAAAACUGGCCGUUUGCCGAUUUAUCGAAUGACUGAACAACAAAUGCUGAAAGUUCCAAAUAUGAAUUUUGACAUUUCGAAGACAUUGGUCGAUCAAAUAAACUACCCAAACUAUGAAGUUCAACGAAACUAUUUUCGUGACGUUGAGCCAGAAGAGCCACCAGCAGUUCAAAUGCCUGUUGAGGAAACCGUGAGUUUUUUUUUUGAAAACUUGUAAUUCAAAAAAUGAAUCAUGCUUCAUCAAACUAUUUUUUUCCAGUCAACCCAUCUUACUCCACUUCCUGACAAAUAUUUUGUCCGUCGUGGAACUGGAGAUGCAGCAAGUGUUGGCCUUCACGCAUUAGCCGUACUCUGCGAUAAAUGUCUGAUUUGCUUCCGCACAAAAACCGCCUAUUCAAAACAUCACGAAUUGCACAAAGUCACCGAUGAUCCGGAAAAAUUAUUGUGAGUAGAAACUAAUUUUUCUUGCAAAAUAUAAUUUUUUUAUAGACCGCGCACUCAAAUUGCAUGCCCAAUGAUGGAAUGCGAUGUUCGAGCCGAUUGUUUGGCCACAUUAAUUGAACACGUGAAAAUUUGUCAUGAGCGACCUGAUAUGUGUUUCGAAUCGAUUGAGUUCACUGAUCUUGAUCAAUUUAAGGUAACUUCAAAAGAAAAAGGAGACAAUUCGGAAAAUAAAUAUAUUUUCAGAGAUGGAAAGGUGAAAUGGAACGUUUGACAAUGUCCAGAUACACAAGAAGUUCAGGAAAACACAAUGUUUUCAGUAAAUCGACGUGAGUUCUUUUUCCUUAUCGUUUUCGCGGAAAGUAAUUAGAUUUUUCUAGAUAUUUCCAUUGUCAUUAUUCUGGUUCUACACCAGGUACCAAGCCCAAUCAGCAACGAAAUCGAGCAAGUAAAAAAAUGGGUAAAAGUUGCACCGCAUUUUUCCACAUCAAAGAAAAGGAAGAUGGGUUAGUAAUUCUUAUAAAAUGAAAAUUGAUUGAUAAUCAAUAAAUUCAAUAUUUUCAGCAAAGUUUUGUUACGCGGAUGUGUGAAACAUGUGGGACACGAGCCAAAUGUUCGAACAAUGCCGCUCUCGGAUAUUAUCAAAAAGGAAAUCGCUACGUAUUUGCUCGAAGGUCUGAAUGAACACGAAAUUGUUGAUUUGCUUAGAGGUUUGUUGUAUUUCAAGAGACGAUUUUGAACAUUUUAUGAAAAAUAUUUUUUCAGAAGGAAGUCAGCAAGAUGAUCGUCGACACUAUAUUCAAGCGUAUGAAGUUCGGAAUGUGCAUAACAAAUUGGUUAAGCAUCAAUAUAAUAUGGCAGCUGAGGUGAGUAUUUUAAGAAAAUAUGUAUAUUGGAUGAGGGUUGAUUUUGUAUACAAUGUUCUGUUAGCUAAUUCUCUCAAAUAUUUUUUCAAACGUCUAUUUUCAGGAGCCGGAUCAAGAUUAUUUGUCGCAAGAAGAAAUGGUAGAGUAUGAAGCACGUCGACGUGCAGCAGCAAAUCGCGCUUCACCAACAGCUACACCCAAACAACCAUCACCAAUACCACCACAAAAACAACCAUUGAAAGAUGCAAAAGAAGAAACAGUUAUGGAAAUUACAGAAGAAGCAUAUGCGGUGAGCUUUUUCAUGUGUUUUUUGUCAAACUCAAAUAAUUUAUAGAUUGCUCCACCGUACGCUGCUGUCGAAGAAGUUGCAUCCGCUGAUUAUGUUGAUGAAGAUGAAGAUGCAAUUCCACUUGAACCGGAUACUGAAUUGACGAAGGAGAUUAGAAAACGGACAUUCGCGGAAAUGCGCGAAUCAUCACCGAUUUCUUCAGCUCAGGCAGCUCAGGCUACAGUUGAUGUCACUACUUCCAAAGCUCUCGAUCCUAACGCGUUUACUAAAAGAGUGAGUUGUCUGAAAUUUUCACUGACAGUUAAAGCAUAAAAAAUAAAUUUUGUUUCCAGAAAUAUGAUCCAAUCACUGGACUUCCUGUUAAAAGAGGACCAAAAACGAAAGCGCAUCGCAAACUGCUUGAAGAAUAUCAUAAAGAACAAGCUAAACACCAAGAAGCCCUGAAGGAUCUGAAGACAAGAUCCUCAAAAAAGAAGUAA